CACCUGGGAAAGACUACAACUUUCAUGAUGCACAGCGAGUUUGGUAAACACAGAACUGUCAGAACAGCAAAAUCUCCAUUUUGUCAGCAGCAGUCUUAACAUGGCUGAAAAUGAAAGCGACAGGCAGAGGUAGGGAUAGGAUUUAAUUUUUACUUCGUAAACAGUUUUUUUUUUUUUUUCACUACAAGCACUUUAUGGACCCGGCGCAGGUUUAAAUGGCCGAAGGAAGACCACAACAGCGGGGAGAUGGAUAUUAAAACAGCGUUUUUCAAUGCUGCCAGAGAUGGGAAGCUGAAACUUAUUCAGAAGUUAGUCAGCAACAAAAGUAUAGAGGAGUUGGAAGCCCUGGCCGGGGAAAAGACCCAAGGAGGCACCCCGCUUUUAAUAGCGUCCAGAAACGGGCACCUGGAGGUGGUGGAGUAUUUGCUGCAGCACUGCAGGGCCGAUGUGGAACUGGGCGGUUCUGUAAACUUUGAUGGGGAGACUAUAGAAGGGGCGCCACCUCUGUGGGCUGCCUCUGCGGCUGGUCACCUGCAUGUCGUCCGCGGCUUGUUGAAAAACGGGGCGUCUGUCAACAACACCACCCUGACCAACUCCACCCCGCUGCGGGCCGCUUGCUUCGACGGGCACCUGGAGAUCGUCAGGUACCUGGUCGAGCACAGGGCAGACAUGGAGGUGGCCAACCGGCACGGCCACACCUGCCUGAUGAUCUCUUGCUACAAGGGCCACAAGGAGAUCGCCAAGUACCUGCUGGAGAAGGGGGCCGACGUGAACCGCAAGAGCGUGAAGGGCAACACCGCCCUCCACGACUGCGCCGAGUCCGGCAGCCUGGACAUCAUGAAGAUGCUGCUCAAGGGCAACGCCAAGAUGGAGAAGGACGGUUACAGGAUGACUCCCCUGCUGGCCGCCAGCGUCACGGGCCACACCAACAUCGUGGAGUAUCUCAUCCACCAGCCCAGGACCUCCAGAGAGGAGCGGAUCGACGCCCUGGAGCUGCUCGGUGCCACUUUCGUGGACAAGAAGAGGGACUUGCUGGGGGCCAUGAAGUACUGGAAGAGGGCCAUGGAGAUGAGACACAGUGACAAAGGCAGCAUUGUUCACAAGCCCGAGCCGGGGCAGCAGGUGCUGGCGUAUGAUUACUCCAGGGAGGUGACGUCCAGCGAAGAGCUGGAGUCUUUGAUCACAGACCCGGAUGAGAUGCGCAUGCAGGCCCUUUUGAUUCGGGAGCGCAUCCUGGGGCCCUCCCACCCGGACACCUCCUACUACAUCCGCUACCGAGGGGCCGUGUACGCAGACUCUGGGAACUUCGAGCGCUGCAUCAACCUCUGGAAGUACGCCCUGGACAUGCAGCAGAGCAACCUGGACCCACUCAGCCCCAUGACUGCGAGCAGCUUCCUCUCCUUCGCCGAGCUCUUCUCCUUCGUCCUGCAGGACCGCGCCAAGGGCACCCUGGCCACCAAAGUGACCUUCAACGACCUGAUGGGCAUCCUGUGCAAGAGCGUGCGGGAGGUGGAGCGGGCAGUCUGCCAGCGGGAGAACCCUCCGGAGGUGACCCAGUUCACCAAGGCUCUCUCCAUCAUCCUGCACCUCAUCUUCCUGCUGGGCAAGGUGGACUGCAGCCCAGAGCAGGAACAUUUCAAGAAGCAGACCAUCUACCGGCUCCUGAAGCUCAACCCCAGGGGAAGGAACGGCUACACCCCCUUGCACCUGGCCGUGGAUAAGGAGACCACCACCGUGGGCCGCUACCCCGUGGGCAAGUUCCCCUCGCUGCAGGUGGCCCUGGUCCUUUUCGAGUGUGGCGCCGACGUGGACUCGCGGGAUUACGACAACAACACCCCUCUGCAUGUGUCCGCCAUGAACGGCAGCAUCGAAAUCAUGAGCGUGCUUAUAGAGGCCGGCGCCCAUUUCGACGCCACCAACUCCCAGCGCAAGACCGCCUGCGACCUGCUGGACGAGAAGGCCACCACCAAGAACCUGAUGCACCCCUUAAACCACGUCACCCUCCAGUGCCUUGCUGCCAGAGCCAUUGAAAAACACAAACUGCCUUACAAGGGCCUGAUCCCGGAAGAGAUGGAGGCCUUUAUUGAGCUGCAUUAACCUUUCGUGCUGCCAACGCCGUUGCAUUAUAGAAUUGUAGGGGCUGCUGAGAAAUAUUUGAACUGUGUCAGCCUGAGGGGCUACAACUUUUAACUCUUGUUUUGUUUUUAAACUGUUGGUGGCAUGGAGAGACGGGAGGUGGGCAUAUUUGCCAAGAGCCUGCAUGAGGCUUGACAACAGCUUCCGAUCUUCUUGUUUUUUUUUGUUUUUUUUAAUUUGUUAAUUUUAUUUGAAGCACUUUUAAGUUCUAGUACUUUGUUUUUCAUCUAAAGUACAGAAAUCGCUGGGCAACCAUUGAGUCUCUUGUUUAAACAUGUAAAUUAAAAAUAAGAUGCCUGAAUAAAAUUCAGUGAUUAUAAGAGAGGGCUAUUUUGCAUUUGUUUAAAAAAGCACAGCAAACAGGGUUGCGCUGGACGUUUGGAGAGCAAUUAUUUCUGUAGCCUAACUUAGAGUGGCAGACCUGGGUUACAAUAGUGAUCUUUAUUUAAGCCGGCCAGCAAGCACAAUGAAACUUGAAAGGUGUGUUCACUCCCGUUGCAAGUAAGUGGGGACAAGUCUGGCUACAGCACAACAUGUGCAUGGUAUCUUUACAGUUACUCAUAGGUCUUUUAAUAGACUGGGUGAAACAGGAGUAUAAAGUAAAAAUAAAUAUCAGUCCACGCCUGUGUUGCUGUUAGUAGCUGGUGGGUUAUUUGGUUCUAGUCUGGAUAGGUACGGUAGACCCAGCAUGGAACUUUCAGGAGACUGGGUUUCAGGCCACUGGGGAAGACUUGUGGUCUGAUACAGCAACGUUGUCCCAGCCUAGGUCUCCUGGACCCAGGUUUCAAGCCGCUGUUCCUGAAAAAGUCGUGUUCCCUCAGAUUUAAGGGACCCUUUGGGGCACGCUGAGGAGCAGCAUGGAGGAGGAUAGGGCUGCUCUGUAGUGUUUUACAAGCAAACAAAAAGUUGUGCUUAAAAAGGGGGAAGGAAAAAGUUUUUAAUUAGGGGCAUGCAAUUUAUACCCCACUGGAAUAAGCCACCCCCUGGAUUUUAUUAGCGCAUUUCCCAGUUUUGGUGGGUCCCUCUGGGUUGCAUCAACCACCUGCUUUUAGCCAUAGCCACACAGAUAGGAGUUUGAUGCAAUCCAGGGUGAUUUCCUCAGUGCUGAAAAAUGCUUCAAUUAAAUCUGUCCGAGGCUUAUCCUGGUGGGUUAAUGUAAUUGCAGAACAAUAGCUGUAAUAAUAAUAAUAAUAAUAAUAAUAAUAAUAUAGUAAUAUAAUAACAUGUAAUAUUGUGAAAAUAAAUGCAGUGUUCUGUGCCUUCAGUGUGAAGUAGACAGUAUUGUAAAAUGUGCACAUUCAACAGCAUUAGUUUCAAUGAAUAUAGACUAUUUGGGGUUGAUUUGAUGAACCGUACCCUGCCAGGAUAAGUCACAGCUGGAUUAUAGAGCAUUUUACAGUACUGUGAAGGUUGAUUCAGUGCAGGGUGAUUGCCCUCAGUGCUGUUAAAUGCUCUGAUAAAAUCUGUUGCUUAUCCCGGUGGUGUGCAGUUUGAGCCCGUCAAUCUGAAGUUGAAGGGUGGCUCAUAAAUGUCGUUGUGCAUCCAGGGGUGCCUCAGAAUGGCCGUCUCCUCUUUGCGGAGUCACGGGGAACAGAAACUGCUUUAGGGAAACUAAAAAAUGCCACCACUGAAAUCUGUGGCCCCUCGGAGGUUGUAACAGUUCUGUUUAUUUGAUCCAGUCUGCAUUGCUUUUCAGUUUGAUUUACACUACAGUGAACCAAGAAAUACACCGUGGAGCAGUCCUCUCAAACUUACUAGCACCGGCGGGCGGUGGUCUGUGGCCACUUGUGUAUGUUAUGAGAAUUAUUCUGUGUUUAAAAUGAAAUUGCACAUUGUCUGCAUUUAAUUCAAAUUACUUUACGGUUUAUUUAACCCAAUAUGCAAAUGUUAACCCUGCAAAUGGUGCAUGCUGUAGUACAAUAAAAUGCAUGUUAAACAACACAAUAGAAUAUUGUCUGAAAUAUAGAAUUAAAAGUGAUUACGAUCUGAUGUGAAAGCCCUCUGACUGCUUUGAAAUGAACAUGAUUUGUGUGUUGCUUUUAGUGAAUUGCCAGCUACAAGAACACAUUUUUGCAGGUUUAGAUUGGUACAAAGUGCCUUUUCAGAGGUAAGCAAACCCUCUACUUCCAGAAAACACAAAGGCAGUUUCAGAUACUGGUAUACGCCUGAAUGCUGUAGAGUGCAGUCAUGUAUAAAAGCAAGUGGUGUCCCGUUUGUGGCUAAUUCCUCCUAAUGCAUCAUGUCAUAUGGACUAACUUGGACGUGUGAGUGCUUAACUCCCCAACUUCAAUGAAGGAACUAGAGGUCAUAAUCACUGAGGAACUGUGAUCGAUCCAUCCAGAGCAAUUUUAAGACAAACCACUGCCGCCCUGGGUACCUGUUAUUGACACUGCUUUGUAAGGUGUUUCUAAUGUUUUGUUGCAUGUAGGUUAGCAUGCUGGAGGAUUUUAGCAUUGCAGCAGAGCUGGGAUUAAUGUAAUGUGUUAUACUGGGCUGUACAGAAGCCAAGCUUAUACUCUGCAAGAUGACACGAAAGUCAUGAUCCGGCGCAGAUCACAAUAUACACGUCACAAGCUCAUUCAUGUGGGAGUCCUGAUGGAUUUGAUAUGAUGAGAAAUAAGAUGAAGUGAUUGUUAAUGAUGGGACUGUUUUGUAAUAAGAGAAUGUGGAGCAUGUUUUAAUACCAACGAUAAAUUGCAUUGACAUGUCACUGAAGGACCACAUUUCAGACUACUGUACAAGUAGCUGCCGAGUACCAUAUAAUUGGGUACUUGGGUACACUCUAUUGUCUGUGCUAAUGCUGCUGCUAUUUUAAUUUUAUAUAUGUGCGUCAUACUGACGUGGCUAAGAUAAGAUUUUCAUACUAAACAAGAGAAUUUUGUGACAAGCCUGUUUGCAGAAAAUGUCUCUGUGUAGGUCUGUGUUUAUGAUACAGACACAUGUGUAAUGCUAUUCAUGUCCUUGGCAGGGAUAUAGGACUUUAUGUUACAGCUAUAACUUUAACAACUGAACCAUAAGAUCUUGAGCAGUAAUAAAGAGAAACUAGUUCUAAAAAAAAUGGUCUUUGUCGGUUGCCUAGAUCUGAAUAGAAAAGUGUCUUAAAAUAUUUGGAGAUUUAACAGGUUUAUUUUUGCUAGACUGUUGUCUGGUUUCACAGAGCUCGGUUUGCACUAGGCAUGGACUACCUCAGCUAAGGAUGGUUUCACAAACUGUGAUUAGCACGAAUCUUUGACUACCUAACGUUACCCUAACUGCUUGUUUCAGAGACCUCGAUUAGCAUGAAUCUUGGACUACCUAAUGUAACCCUAGGCAUUUCAGAAUAAGUGCUCUGUGAAACCAGCCAUGCUGUUAGGUAAUCCAAGAGUAGAACUAAUGGGGGUCUGUGAAACCAGCUCAGGAUGAGUGCGGGAGAACCCGGAUCAGAUGGGAUCGACGGUCAAUCUGUGCUCAUGGAAACAAGGUAUAAUUGUAGGCUGUCCAACACUGGUGCUAAUCCAGGUCUGUGAGUCCUGCUAGGAAUGUUUUACAGAUCGGGUCAAAUAGAAGAGCGCUGGCCCCAAGUCAUGUGCACAGUGUCUGUAACUUGAUACAUACAGAAUAUUGUAAUGAGCUACUGUCAUUUAUCAAUAUGCAAUGUAUCGUUUCACCUUUGCUCAAAUGAUGCUGUUUCUCACCUGGGACUUGAGUGUACUGUAGCCCAAUCAGUGGCAUUAGGAAAUAUCAAUACUGUUUGAAUAAUUAAAUAAAUGUAUUUGAUAGCAA